GUCAGUUGAAGUGGGAAGUUGGGAUUGGAAAGUGGGGUCCUGGGGUUGAAGUGUAAACAGAAACAGCAACAUCUUUAAAAUUUUAUAUCUUAGAAAAAUAAAAUGCUUUAUUUGGAGUUUUAGGUUUUUCACUUUUAGAUUUAAAACAUGGGCAACCCAAAGGGAACUAAAAAAUAUUUAAGUUCUUCAGAAGAAUAUGUAAGUAAAAAUGCUAAAUCUAAAAAGAAAAAAAGACUUUACAGUACUUCGAGUUCAGAGGAAGAAAUAAUAUCAAGAAAAAAGAAAAAUAAAGGUAAAGCUAAGAAAUAUAGUAAAGAAUACAGCUCUAGCAGCGAUUCAGACAGUUUAGACGACAAUUACAAACAUGAAAGAAAGGAAAAAAGAAAAUCUGAAUCACCAAAACUAGACAUCGACAAAUCAAGUUCUAAAGUUGAUUCUAAGUUAGAAAGAGACUCUUGGAUGAAUGUCAAAAGUGGUUUCGCAACAAUUUCUAAUUCUGGUCGUAAGAAUGAACGAGAGGAAGCAAAAAAGUUAGAAAGGGAAAAGCAAAAAUAUGAUCCAAGAAAGUGUGAUAGAGAAUUAAAUCCUUAUUGGAAGCAUGGUGGAGAUGGUUUACCCACGUUUAAAAAACCUGAAGAAUCCGAUUCUGAUACUGAAAAACAAAGUUAUAAAUCUAGAAACCGUUAUACUGGAACAUCAAAUUGGAGAAAGAAAAAGGAAUAUUCAGAUAACACUUCUAUCAGUAAGAAUUUAACCAGUUCAUCUUCAAAUUGGAGAAAAAAGAAAGAUACUGAAGAAAAAGAUAAAAAUAACAGAAAAGAUGCAUCUAAAAUUAAAGAAAAAUAUGCAAACAUUGAAGAAAAACCUGCGAAAAUUAAAGAAAUUGAAAUUCUAUAUACAGAAAAAGAUUUGAACACAUUAGCAGCGAAGUUAGUAAAAGCAGAAAUCAUGGGAAAUGCAAAACUGAUACAGGAAUUAAAAGAAAAGUUAGAAACGGCCAGAAAUUCCGUUAAUUCCACAUCCAUAGAUCCAGAAGACUAUAUUCUGACCCAAACUGAUGCUAAAGGACAAUCAAAACCAUUAAAAUUGCAAACUGAAUAUGGAGAUUGCAGUAAUAGUAGAAAAAAGAAAAGACUAGAAACCCAUCAAGGCAAAGAACGAGUAAGAUAUUUUGCAGACGAUGAUAAAUAUUCCCUGAAACAAAUGUUCGAAAAUGAAAAAUACAACACAGGAGCUGAUCAAGACAAAGAAUUCAUAAAAACAUUCCAGAAAAUACGUAAAAAUGACGAUUUAGACGAUGUAUUCUCUGAUAACAUCAGAAAUAAAGAAUCUGAUUUGAAAAUAGAUGAAAAAAAUAAGAGCAAAGCGAUCAGUGAUCACCAGAAAGUAUCUCACAGCUUGGAUAACUGCAAUAAGUGUAUUCAAUCAGAAACUAUGUUGAAACACCUGAUGAUAUCUAUGGGAGACACUGUAUUUUUAGCACUGCCUGCAUUUGAACCAUUAACUGAAGGCCAUUGCUUGAUUGUCCCCAUCAGACACACCCCUUGUGCCACACAUUUAGACGAAAAUGAAUGGACUGACGUGCUCGAUGUUAGAAAAUCUUUGGUGAAAAUGUUCGCGGUGCAAGAUAAAAUUGUUAUAUUCUUCGAAUCUGCUAUGAAUAUUCAUAAAUUCCCCCAUAUGGCUAUCGAAUGCAUUCCUAUUGAUAGAGAAGAAGGAGAUAUGGCGCCGAUUUAUUUCAAAAAGGCAAUUGACGAGUCUGAGAUAGAGUGGGCUCAGAAUAAAAAACUGGUUUCUUUAAAAGGAAGAGAUGUCAGAAAAGCCAUACCUAAGGGUUUGUCCUAUUUCUCAGUAUCUUUCAGGAUGGAGGAAGGCUUUGCUCAUGUCAUUGAAGACGAACAACUAUUUCCAAGUAAUUUUGCACAGGAAGUCAUUGGAGGCAUGCUAGAUCUCCACCAUAGCAAAUGGAGGAAACCAAAAUACCAAAAAUUUGAUGAGCAAAGUAAAAGAGUAAUGGAAUUUUCAGCAAAAUGGAAAGAUUUUGAUUGUUUGGUCAAUUAUUAAAGUUGAAUUU